UCUGGUUGCUUGGUCCAAGCCGACACGCAGCCGUCGUUGCAAAGAUGAAAGCUCACUGGUGGAGCUUUGUGCUUGGAUUUCUCUGUCUUCCCUCUGAGGUGAACACCUGGUCAGCGGUUUUACAGGAUCCUUCACACACAUCAGUCGCAAGUCUCGACUCCUCUGAGAUAACAUGUUCCACCACGUUAUCCGAUCCAGUGGGAGUGUAUCUCAACAGACCUCUCCACGGCCAAAGAAAUGUGCUGUACCUGUCCUUGCACAAAGGUUCUUUAACCAAGAACACCACAGCUGCGGAAUUCGAGGGUCGAAUUCAUAUAAUCCCUUUCCGCCACAUGAUAAAAGGCCUUGGCUUCACAAUCAAGGUUUCUCCACUGCAGCGAGAAGACACUGGCUUGUAUUACUGCAAAUGGGUCUUCUUCAGAUUGGAUGAUUACACAGAGCAAAACCUUGUCAGCAAUGAGACCCUUCUCAUUUUCAGAGACGUCAAACAAUGCAGCAAUGUUUUGGAUACCACAUUGAUUGUUUUAACUGUAACAGUAUUAACUGUUACAGUGGGAGCAGGAGCAGUGAUGAUUAAAUACAGAUACAAAUUUAAAAAGCACUUCAGACCUAGGAGGAGUUCAAGAGUAACGGCAACUAACAGGAUACAUCAUCAACCGCAACCCAGGCAGCAAAAUUAUCCAUAUAUUGAAAAUGCUGGAGACUUCAGAUUCAUAAGUUAUUUUUGAAGCCUUUGGGGAACAGGCACUCAAGGUUAGCAGUAGGUCAUUCUGCAUCUUGCACAAAGAAGCAUGCUCUGCAAAUGUGUCAACACAUUUCUUUGACUUCCUUCUGUUUUGCAGUCCUGAACACGUUUAAGCUACCACAUCCUGACUUAUAUAUCUGAUACGUGUGAUAUUUUAACACGUGAUUUACCAGGGCAAGCAUUAUUUUCUUAUUCUACUCAAAUAAGUGUAACAGCAGACCACAUUUAAUAAAAAAUGUUGAGAUCUUGCUGGUGAACCCCAAAUUUAUUGGAAGAUAUUUAUAAAUUAAACUAGAAAAGAAAGAGAAGCAUCCUGACGUACAUAUCACAAUGAUUAUUUAAUCAUGAAUGUGUGUUAUCAAUGUUAAAAAGUUGUGCAUCUGACAGUACAGCACACACACACACACACACACACACAUAUAUAUAUAUAUAAAACAUAAAAUAUACCAUUUCCCAAAUUAAUUUCAUGUGUGCAUUAAUCUAAAAAUUUAUUUCACGCUUAAAAUGAACAGUCUGAUCAUUCAAAAGAAAACUGAUAAGUACGACUUAAAAAAAUCGUAAUUUAAUUAAUCAACAUUCGACCGUAAAUAUUUUGCAUUUAAAUGAAUAUUUACAAUUUUAAUUGAGAAUUUUUUAUGUAUUACUUAGUAUUCAUUACUUUGUAGAAUCAACGUACACGCGGGACCGCUAACUCAAGAAGAGUUUAAAAUAUUUUUCCUCAAAUGUUUUCGUUUUCAUUGUAAUUUGUAAUUUUCAUUGUAAUAUUUCAUUAAAAUCAUCCUUGGGGGAACGUUUGCCCUUGUAUUUAUUUUUCUGUCGGACUGCUUUUGGUGGUACACCAUGCAGACCGAUGAAAUAACAAGAUGCUGCUUUCAUAAUGCGACCAAGUUAAUAAAUGUUUCGUUAAAACGUUGUGUCACUGCACAGUGUCUUCAUCGGUAACCAGGUCUAGUGGAGGAAACCGAGCAAUAUUUUUUUUUCUUUUUUUGGGGGGAUCUUGGCUUUUGCUCUCGGUUCCCAUCAUUUGGGACUGCUAUGAGGACCUGCUGACUUGGAACACUUGUUCUGCAGUCACACCAUUUAGCUCUCGACAGGAACAUCCAAGAUGCCUGCCUUUAAAAAGCUGUUUAGCGGCGUCACAUUGUGGACGUGGAGAAGAAGUAGAUGGAUAAAUCGACGCGGAGAUGCAGCAUUUUCCUCAUGCAGGCCAAAGGUGUGUGUUGUUGGCAGUGGCCCAGCAGGAUUCUACACAGCACAGCACUUGAUCAAAGGCCGUCAAGAUGUUGAGGUGGACAUUUACGAGCAACUACCCGUUCCUUUUGGCCUUGUCAGAUUCGGUGUUGCUCCUGAUCAUCCAGAAGUGAAGAACGUCAUCAACACAUUCACACAGACAGCCAAACAUGCACGCUGUAAUUUCUACGGAAACGUGAACGUCGGCAAGGAUGUGAGCGUUCAAGAGCUUCAACAGGCGUACCAUGCAGUAAUACUAAGUUACGGCGCAGAGGGAAACAGGAGGAUGGGGAUACCUGGAGAAGAUUUGGCCGGUGUGUACUCCGCCAAAGAUUUUGUGGGCUGGUACAAUGGCCUCCCAAGCUGUCGAGAGCUCAGCCCCGACCUGAAUUGUGACACAGCAGUCAUUUUGGGACAGGGAAAUGUGGCUUUGGACAUCGCACGAAUAUUAUUGUCACCUACUGACAUUUUAAAGAAGACCGACAUCACUCAUCCUGCCCUCGAAGCUUUGACGGAGAGCAAGGUCCGCAGGGUGCUGAUCGUCGGCAGGAGAGGACCCAUGCAGGUUGCGUGCACAAUCAAGGAGCUUCGAGAAAUGGUGAAGCUACCAGGCACCAGACCCGAGCUGGUGCAAGCUGAUUUUGAGGGCGUCGCUCAGGCUCUUCCAGACUUACCCAGACCGAGAAAACGUCUCACGGAGUUGAUGUUCAAGGCAGCCGUCGAGCCCCCGGCAAAGGACGAACAGGAAAGAAGAAGCAAAGCCUCACGUAGUUGGGGACUUCGAUUCUUCCGGAGCCCUGCCAUGGUUCUUCCCAAUCCCGACGGCACCAAGGCAGCCGCCAUCCGACUGGCAGUCAACAAACUGGAGGGUUCAGGUGAGGCUGCUCGUGCGGUGCUCACUGACGAGGUAGAGGAUGUGACCUGUGGCCUUGUCAUUAGCAGCAUUGGCUACAAGAGCCUCCUCAUUGACUCAUCGGUGCCGUUCGACUCUGGCAAAGCGAUAGUCCCGAACCAAAUGGGCCGUGUUCAACAAGCGCCAGGUCUUUAUUGUAGCGGGUGGCUUAAGACAGGCCCAACAGGUGUGAUCGCCACCACCAUGAAUAAUAGUUUUGACACUGCGCGAUCCCUAAUGGAAGACUUGGAUUCAGGGAACUUGGACAUGUCUGCUGCUAAGUCUGGGGCACAACAUAUUAGAACUCUACUUGAGGAAAGAGGAGUGAAGCCUGUGACCUUCUCGGAUUGGGAAAAGAUUGACAGUGUGGAGGUGAAGAGGGGUGAAUCAACUGGAAAACCCAGAGAAAAACUGCUGACUGUGGAGAAUAUGCUUCAGGUGGCAUGGGCUUGAUCAUCAUGGACAAUUUCUCAAUAAAAAUGUGGGUGUGGGGCGUGGGGUACAUUUUGAAGAAGCCAACCACAUCAGAUACAGGAAAUGUGUAUUAUGACAAUAUCAUGCAUUAAAUGAAUUUGAAUCUGA